AAGUCGAAUAAAAUUUUACUCCAAAGCAGUAGCUCUUGUAUUAAUCUUUUUUUCCCAAUCUUCAAAUCCUAUCGCGAAGAGAGCUUCUGCAGGAACAACGAGCAAUCAGAUACAGAUAUCCUGCAAUCAUGCCUCUCUUCGUUCUUGCCGAAACGCCCGCGGGCUACGGCCUGUUCAAGGCUAAAGACAAGAAGUUGUUGUCACGAGAUGAUAUCAACAAGCAGCUUUCAAGCGCUGAGGCCAUCAAUUCGAUGCUGUCCCUCAAGAAGAUGGUGAAAUUCGAAGAUUCGGCCCAGGCUCUAGGCGAAUACACUGCAUUAACAGAGGGAAAAGUUACCCCGAUGUUACAGAACCUACUUAACGACAUCAAGGAGGAACGAAAAGCGUCUCUGGCUGUCGCUGAUCCGAAAUUGGGUGCGGCUAUCAACGUUCUGCCCCAGUUGAGCAUUACACCAGUAUCCGAUUCAACCACCAAUGACCUCUUCCGAGCGAUCAAAACAUAUCUUCCUGAGCUUUUCCCUGAGCUAGAUAACGAUUAUCUUGGAAACAUGGCUCUUGCUCUAUCCCACUCUAUCUCUCGGCACAAGCUAAAGUUCUCUCCCGAUAAGGUGGAUGUUAUGAUUGUUCAGGCCAUCAAGCUUCUUGAUGAUUUAGACAAGGAAUUGAACAACUAUGCUAUGCGUGUGAAGGAGUGGUAUGGCUGGCACUUCCCGGAGUUGGACCGCAUUGUCCAAGACAACCUCGCCUAUGCCCGCAUUAUCAUACAUAUGGGCACGCGAGAAAAUGCUGCCAGCACGGACUUCUCCGAGAUUCUACCCGAGGAUAUUGAAACUCGAGUAAAGGCCGCUGCUGAAGUUAGUAUGGGUACUGAAAUCCUCGAAUUUGAUCUCGAGAACAUCAAGCUUCUCGCCGAGCAGGUGAUCAGCUUCACCGAAUAUCGACAACAGCUCUCCCAGUAUCUGACCUCGCGUAUGAAGGCGAUUGCCCCUAACCUAACCGAACUCCUCGGUGAGCUGGUCGGUGCUCGUCUCAUCGCACACACCGGCUCCCUUCUAAAGUUAGCCAAGAGUCCUGGUAGCACCAUCCAGAUUUUGGGUGCGGAGAAGGCUCUUUUCCGCGCCCUAAAGACCAAGCACGACACGCCCAAGUAUGGUCUUAUCUAUCACUCUUCUCUGGUUGGACAGGCAACUGGCAAGAACAAGGGAAAGAUCGCCCGUACACUAUCUGCCAAGGCCGCCCUAUGUCUACGUGUCGAUGCCCUCUCUGAGCUUAGCACCGAGGGUGCCGACGGUGAGGAAAUCCCAGUGGAUGACGACGAGAGAGCAGACAUGGGUAUUCGACUUCGUGCAUUGCUUGAGGACAAGCUACGAAGAAUGGAAGGCAAGCCGAUAGUAUCCAAGGGUACCAAGAUUGCUCCGAAUGGUGCUACCCCCUCCAAGUUCGAGGUUAAGCCGACACGAAACUACAACGCAGACGCGGAUGCUGUCUCUACCUCUGCUAAGAAGACGCCUAGCAAGCCCUUGAUACAAGAGGUUGAAGACACCCCAAUGGGCGACGGAGACAACGAAUCGGAAGAAGAGGAUUCAGAUGUGGAGAUGAACGGUGCUGAAGAUGCCAAAUCAAAGGAGAAGACACCGAAGAAAUCAGAAAAGAAGAGCAAGAAGGCCACAAAUGGCGAAUCUACUCCCAAGACCCCCGCCAAGCUAUCUGAGGCCGAUUAUUCUCGAUUAGCAGAGGAAGCUGGCAUUUCAGUCACUAAGUUCAAGCGAAAGUACGAGCGAGGUGACGUCAAGAUGGCCGCCGACGGAACGCCGCAGGUCAUCAGCAAGAAAGAGCUAAAGAAGCAGAAGAAGGCAGAAGCUAAGGCCUCCACGGCCGAGGUCGAAGUUGAGGCCGGGAAGCCCGACAAGAAGCGAAAGCACACGGACGACGGAGAGAAGAAGAAGUCGAAGAAGUCAAAGAAGGAGAAGGCCGCAUAAAUGGGGUUGUUCCUUGAUAACACUCUUCUUCCUCUGUACCAUACUCGUCGGGAAAAGUGAUCGCGAUUGCUUGAAAUCAUAGGGGUCGGCGUUCCGGGUGGUCAUACCAGGGUUUAAGUUUAAGUGAAUGUUUGUUGGAGUUGGUUCAAUCAAUCAAUGCAAUGGCUCUUUUAGGCAGUGGAGCUUGAUGCGGCAGCUAGAUACAGAUACCUUGCUAUCUAUCAUCAAGACAGUUUUGCGGUUCUAUGUUGCUUGCUUUGUUUGCUAUUGGUGUUUGUGUCGUGGUUUAAUCUGCCGCGUAUAUGUUACCUCUUAAGAAGGAAUUUCUGGUCUAGCAGAAGACACAAUUUGCUACCUAGUAACUAAUAGGUGUGUAAAGAAAGUCAAAAUGGCAGUCCGCUAGACAUUGUAUUAUUCAAGUUAUUGCC